GCGCUCUCUCUCUCUCUCUCGGCUAUCCUAUAUCCUUGGCUUUACGCUUAUAACUCUCUCUCAUACUCGUACACCACACCAUCCUCUAUUUUCUGUUAAUUUUAUUAACAUUUUGUUUUUCUUUGAAAAAAACAAAGCUCAGAGAAGCUGCUGCUGCUCCUUCUUCUUCUUCUUCUGCUCACUUUGUCUCCGAGAUUUCCUUGCAUUUUCGUGGUCCUUACUCUCGGACAUUAAUCUCUGCUGAAGGUUGAUUAUUCAGAUAGACGGAGAGCUGAUAGAGAAAGUGUAAGCCCAAUUCGGUUAUUCAAUCGGAUUUUACGGUCGGAAAGUCCGAUCGCUGCUCGAAUCGGGUUUUAGACAGAGAAAGUGAUUCCGAGAGAGGAAGAGAGGGGCUCUGACCCGGCAUUUCGAUCGGAGGUUGUAUCGAGUUUUAGAGAGAUGAACGGGGUGGGGAGGCAGGGGCAGAGAUCUGGUGCGGCUGGGGUGCACCACCAACGUCAGUACUCGGACAACUUUCUGGAGACUUCCUCCAAUGGCAGCUGGCUCCAAUCUGCUGGUCUUCAGCACCUCAAUUCCUCCAGCCCUUCUGUUCCUCCUCUUCAGCAGGACUAUGGGCCAUAUGGUGGUACCGGUGGAGGCGGGCAGGAGUCGAGGAUGUAUAGGAAUGGGCAGAGUGGAUUCGCCGGUGCAAAUGAGUUUUACUUGGAGCCUUCAACGCCUACGGGUAAUUCUCGGUCGAGGAAGACUGGCGAAAACUCGCCAAGUGAGUUCAGUCCUGGACUCUUGGAUCUGCAUUCUUUCGAUACCGAGCUUCUUCCAGAGGUGCCAAUCUCUGGUCUCUAUGAUGGUACUUCUAUGUAUCAUCCUGUUCGUGGCAGGAGCUUUGAUGACUCUGUUCCCUACAUCUCAAACAACAAACAAACCGGCAGAACUCGCGUUUUGCCAGAAAACAAUGUCAUGAAAACCUUUUCUGCGGAUAAAGAGAAAUCCAGUUCUGUAGCAAAGAUAAAAGUUGUGGUGCGCAAGAGACCGCUUAAUAAGAAGGAAUUAGCAAAGAAUGAGGAAGACAUUAUAGAGACACAUUCUAAUUCUCUAACAGUUUAUGAGACUAAACUUAAGGUUGACCUCACAGAAUAUGUGGAGAAGCAUGAAUUUUGUUUUGAUGCUGUGCUGAAUGAAGAGGUCUCAAACGAUGAGGUGUAUCGUGAGACAGUGGAACCCAUAGUUCCAAUAAUUUUUCAACGCACAAAAGCAACUUGCUUCGCAUAUGGGCAAACAGGGAGUGGAAAAACUUAUACAAUGAAGCCAUUACCCCUUAAAGCAUCACGUGACAUCUUGAGGUUGAUGCAUCAUACUUACCGUAAUCAAGGAUUUCAGUUGCUUGUAAGCUUCUUUGAGAUAUAUGGAGGGAAACUUUUUGAUCUUCUCAAUGAUCGGAAAAAACUUUGCAUAAGAGAGGAUGGGAGGCAGCAAGUUUGCAUUGUCGGUUUGCAAGAGUACAGCGUAUCAGAUGUGGAAACAAUUAAGGAGCUCAUUGAGAAAGGAAGUGCCACAAGAAGUACCGGAACAACUGGUGCAAAUGAAGAAUCCUCCCGUUCACAUGCCAUACUUCAGCUUUCUAUAAAGAGGUCUGUUGAUGGCAGUGAAUCAAAACCACCUCGUGUUGUAGGAAAGCUCUCGUUUAUAGAUCUUGCUGGAAGUGAACGUGGUGCAGACACUACAGAAAAUGACAAACAGACAAGAAUAGAAGGUGCUGAGAUCAAUAAGAGCUUACUUGCACUGAAGGAAUGCAUUAGAGCUCUUGACAAUGACCAGAAUCAUAUUCCUUUCAGAGGUAGUAAAUUAACAGAAGUGUUGAGGGAUUCAUUUGUUGGGGACUCGCGCACUGUGAUGAUAUCAUGCAUAUCACCAAGCUCAGGGUCAUGUGAACAUACUCUGAACACAUUAAGAUAUGCUGACAGAGUGAAGAGUCUUUCGAAGGGAAACAAUCCUAAGAAGGAUAUAUCAUCAUCAACCUUCAAUCUUAAGGAAUCAACUGCUGUACCCUUGUCUUCAGUUCCUGCAUCCAACUUUGAGGAUGAUGUAUCUGACUCAUCGCCUGAACAAACUGAAAGGGAUGAUUUUGAUGAACCUGAAGGGUGCUAUCAGCAAGGAAAACCUUUAUGGAAGAAGAAUGGGAAGCUAGAUCCAUACAUUCUCUCUACUUCAGAGGACAAACUAAGGAAACCCAAUGGUCAGACUAAAUGGAAGGACCUGCCAAAAUUUGAAUCCAAGAACGCACAUUCAGAUGAUGAUCUGAAUGCCCUCUUACGGGAGGAGGAAGAUCUUGUAAAUGCUCACCGAAAACAAGUGGAGGAUACUAUGAAUAUUGUUAGAGAGGAGAUGAACCUGCUGGUUGAGGCUGACCAACCUGGGAAUCAACUGGAUGAUUAUAUUUCUAGAUUGAAUUCCAUUCUAACUCAAAAGGCUGCAGGCAUCCUGCAAUUACAAAACCGUUUGGCUCAUUUUCAGAAGCGUUUGAAGGAGCAUAAUGUUUUAGUAUCUACUUGUGGAUACUAAUUCCAUUCGGAAGGGGAAAUGCUAGUAAAUCCUACUGGGUUAUGCCUUUAUUUUAUUUUAAUUGGAGCAUUAUUUUAUGUGACUUCUCAUGUUGCAGUAUGGUGGAUUAUUCAUUACUCCAUCCGUAUCUUUGGUAAUGUUUGCUGGAUUUGAGGGUUGGAGUUUUCUUUUGAUUCGAUAGUACAUUAUUGACAUAAUUCUUUUCUACCCAUAAUCAAGCUAUAGACAAAACUAUUGGAUUCAUAUGUAAAAAUUCGCGGCAUUGUAAUUUGAAAAUUAAUUGAAUAGUUCUUGUUGGACUA